GGACUACUUAUACAUAGAUGAUUGCAGUAAGCUGAGUGAGAGAAAAGCAUAAUCCAGGGGUGUCGUCGGUUGAUGCUUGUGAAUUUUAAAACAUAAAUAAUGCGUUUGUGGUAACUUAUUGCUUAGCCAGAUGACAAUGUUUGCUUUUCUGCCGCGUGUGUACGUUUUUUCUCCUAAGUGAACGCGCGCAUGCUAUAAACGCCAUCUUGAAACAGAAGUCAGUAGAGAUGAGUGGUUAACGAUACGAUUUUUACUGUGGCUUAUUUGUUUGUUUCGAAAUUUAGGCAAAAAAUGUGAAUCGAAUUGGGGGUUAGGGAGGACGUAAUGCAGUGUAAUUGCUGAAUUCUGAAAACCCUUGUUUGGUUAUUUGCUCGGUAAUAAGUCCCAAUUGUAGUACCUCGGAAAAGACUACAUUUAGGAUUGUUAUCCUGUACAUUGUGUGUAGAAUGGUUUCUAGAGUUCGUGUACAUACGUGCUAAACUCAUGCAGACAUUUGCGGAAAGUUUGAGAUAUGUUCACGUGAACGAUGGCUUAAGUGUGAUGUAAAACAUUUACAUAGUGAAGGGGAGAAAAAAAACCACUGUAUUUGUCAUCUUCUAGACGGAGUUUGUGUGGUACACAUCCAACAGGAAACAAUACUUCUCUCAUUUAGUUGAAUAAGGAUACUAUGCCAUCUGUACCUAGACCAGGAAGCCUUAAAGAUCCUGAAAUUUCUGAGUUGUUUGACAAAGAAGACCCUGAGAAGAUCUUUGAAGAUCUACGUGAAAUUGGCCAUGGAAGUUUUGGUGCAGUGUACUAUGCCCGCUGUCUCAUCACUAAGGAAAUUGUGGCAAUCAAGAAAAUGUCUUACUUGGGCAAACAGAGCAUGGAGAAGUGGCAAGAUAUCUUAAAAGAGAUACGCUUCCUUCGCCAGUUAAAACAUCCAAACACUAUUGAAUACAAGGGAUGUUUCCUUCGUGACCAUACAGCAUGGCUGGUAAUGGAGUAUUGCCUUGGCUCGGCAUCCGACAUCAUUGAGGUGCAUAAACGACCAUUGAAGGAAGAAGAAAUUGCAGCCAUUUGUGAUGGAGUUUUACGAGGCUUACACUAUCUGCAUUCUCUUGGACGUAUUCACAGAGAUGUCAAAGCAGGAAAUAUUUUGCUGACAGAAAAUGGAACUGUUAAACUUGCCGACUUUGGAUCAGCCAGCACCAAAUGUCCAGCAAACAGUUUUGUGGGAACACCAUACUGGAUGGCACCUGAGGUUAUCCUGGCAAUGGACGAAGGACAGUAUGAUGGAAAAGUUGAUGUUUGGUCAUUAGGAAUAACAUGCAUUGAGUUAGCGGAACGUAAACCACCUUAUUUCAAUAUGAAUGCAAUGAGUGCUCUAUAUCACAUUGCACAGAAUGAUACACCUGUGCUUAGUUCACCUGAAUGGACUGAUGUAUUUCGCCAUUUUGUAGAAUCAUGCCUUCAGAAGAAUCCAAGUGAUAGACCUACCUCAGGAAGACUGCUCUCUCAUCAGCUGGUUACCCGUCCAAGGUCACCAAAUGUACUCAUUGACCUUAUACAGCGCACAAAAGCAGCUGUUAGGGAACUGGAUAAUCUGAACUAUCGAAAAAUGAAGAAAAUUCUGAUGGUUGAUGUCUUUGAAAAUGAAAGUACUAUCGGAGAUGCUGAUGACACACCUGACGAGCAGGCUGGCGGGGAUAGCAGUAAAAGCAACAGCAUUACCUCUGAACACUCCAUCCAUUCCAUGGGCGUGAGUGCAUCAUCUCAGAGUAGUUCUACCAACAGUCUACCACCAGCUCCAGAUGGGGCCGAGUCCAUACGAAACAAGCAGAAGGGUAGCUGUAGUACUCUACAAGAUCAUGGUGCAAACAACUUUGCAACAAUUCGUACAACAUCCAUUGUAACAAAGCAACAGAAAGAGCAUAUGCAAGAAGAGAUGCAUGAACAAAUGAGUGGUUACAAGCGUAUGCGUCGUGAACAUCAAGCAGCAUUGCUGAAGUUGGAAGAAAGGUGCAAGCUGGAAAUGGAAAGUCACAAACAAGUUCUCGACAAAGAAUAUGAAGGUUUACUGACGCAGUUUAGUAAAGAACUGGAGCGGCUUCAGAUGCGACAUCAGCAAGAACUGGAAAGAAAGUCGAAGCAGAACAUGAAUGCAGAGAAAAAAUUACAGAAAGAAAUAACAUCUCGCCAAGAACAGGACCGUAAAACUUUUGAAGCUCAGAAGAAAAAAGAGUACAAAGCAAACAAAGAACGAUGGAAACGGGAGCUAAGUUUAGAUGAAUCAACACCAAAGAGACAGAGAGAUGCAACAUUGCAAAGCCAGAAAGAUAACUUAAAACAAAUUGAAGCCCAAGAAGAACAAAGGCUAAUAAGGGGUCAAAAGGAAUACCUAGAUUUGGAAAUUCGCAAGUUCCGAAGAAAAAAAUUACUUGUCUUCCAUAGCUUAGAACAAGAAUUACUGAGAGAGGAGCUUACAAAACGCCAACAACAGUUAGAACAAGCACAUGCUAUGUUAUUGCGUCAUCAUGAAAAGACGCAAGAACUGGAGUACAGGCAACAGCGUGCUGUGCACCAGCUACGUGAAGAUCAAGUUCACAGGCAACAUGCGACUGAAUUACGAAAUCAAGAAGAGUAUAUGGAGCGCUCAGAAAGAGAGCUACGAAAGAAGCAUGCCUUAGAAUUGAAGCAGCAGCCUAAAAGUCUGAAGCAAAAGGAAAUGCAAAUACGGAAGCAGUUUCGUGAGACAUGUAAAAUUCAGACUCGUCAGUACAAAGCUUUGAAAGCUCAGAUUUUGCAGUCCACCCCUAAAGAAGAACAGAAAGCAGUUAUAAAGAAACUGAAAGAAGAGCAGAGGAGAAAGCUUGCACUUCUGGGAGACCAGUAUGAACAGAGUAUAGCAGAGAUGCUGCAGAAGCAAUCCAUUCGCCUGGAUGAAUCUCAGGAAUUGGAGUGCCACCACCUAAAGGAUCGUUUACGUUACGAGUUGGAGAUUCUUAUGGCCUACCAGUCAAAGAACAAAAUGCAGGCAGAAGCCCAAAGAAAUCGUGAGCGCAAGGAACUUGAAGAUCGUGUGUCUGUGCGCAGAGCAUUGCUAGAGCAAAAGAUGGAACUAGAAACGCAGCAAUUUCUGCAAGAACGUUCUGAGCGAAUAAGACUGCUUAAUGAGCGGCAAGAACGUGAUCUUGAGCAGUUUGAUGAAGAAUCAGCACGACUGGGCUUCAGUGCACUAGCAAUUGCUGAGGCAUCCAAAGAAACAUACCCAGAUGAUGAAAGUUUCUCUGGGAGCAUGUUAAGUUUAGCACAUAGCAACAGUUCAACCUCAUUUCCACCAGGGAGCCUGUAGCCUCUUCACUGUGUCAUAAAACGUGUUUGAAGAUGAUUGCAAGUUUGGCCGCAAGUUUCAAAAACUUAUAAACAAUGACUUUUUUUUAGACAGUUUUUAUAGACGUAUGUGUGUAAACAUUUUCAGGAAACUGGAUAAAGUGGAAGACUAGGACAAGUCUAGUGUUUUGUUUUAUCAUCAAAAUCAAUUAUUUUACCUGUUUUAAAUUUUUUUUGGCAUCUGUAAUCUAUGUGCAGUAUGUUCAUGUAAGAUUAGUUUAGUCAACCUCCACCUUUAUGCCUGUACAAAGGCUUAAAAGGAUAAUUUGGUUUUAACCUUUUUAACCCCAAAAUGUAUUGGGUAAAAAGAACUCUUUUAUAUUAUUUUUCUUAUUACAAUUUGUAAUAUGUAAGUUUGAAAAUUUCAACUGCGUUGAGUUAAUUUUGAAAGAAUGUGUAAACUUUUAAACGACUUAUAGUAAUCAAAAAAAAUUCUAAUUAUUUGCAAUGCAUGUCAUAAAGGCUUAAAAAUUUCUGAAUCAUGUUGAAACACAUACAAUUCGAAACUUUGUAUGUAUGUAUAUACGUAUAUAUGUACAUAUGUGGAUGUAAAUAAUUAUGUGUAUAUGUGUAUUUGUGUAUAUUCAUGUGUAUGUACAUUCUUUGCAUGUGCAUACAUGUGUGUAUAUACAUAUACACACAUAUAAUUAUGCAACCAAAGACAUUUCAAUAUGAAUUGUUGGUAUUUACUGUUUAUUUUGUAUUUCUAUCAUAACAUGAUUACUUGUAUCACUAUCCAUUGUAGGAUCAUAUUCAUUAUUACUACAGGUAUUGUUAUUAAAGCUACAUGAGGUGUAUUUUUCAUGCUUUGUGUAAUGUAGUUCUAAUGUAUGACAAUGCUGAAGAAAACGUUGGUGUGAGGCUUCAUGUGAGAUAAAAAUGUGUCUCAAUGCUUUAUAUUGUUAUAAGCCAAGUCAAAUGAAUGUGAAAAGGUCAACCAGGUUACUGAAUAAUUUUGUGGGCUGUGAUUUUCUCCUGUUUCCAGUAUAAGCGUUAUAAAAUCAUUGUGUUAUUAACAUUGGAUGAUCAUAACUUUGUUAGUCUAUAGUUAUUUUACAUUUUGAGAGCAAUUGACAUAAGUGCAGUAGAAACUGGUUAGAUAUAUUCAAUUAUUGAAUGAUAAAUGUUGCAUUCAUUUUUAUUAUUUAUCAUUUUUAAAAUCACUUGCAUGCUGGUCUAUUAUGACAGAACAUCCCAUAUUUCACUCCAGCUUAAAUGUUUAAACAAAUACUCUUUAUAGUGUUGGAACGUAAUACCUAUAUAAGCCAAUGCCUGCCAAACAUUCUUUAUUGCUGCUUGGGUGAAUUAUUAGCUGAAUCACCAGCUUUAAAUAAAGUUUAUAAAUUCACGUUUGGUUUUGUGGAUAAAUAUAUUUGUACUUUCUUAUAAAUUAUAUGAAAUUGUCCUAUUCUAGUCUUACAUUUAACUGCAGUAAACUUAUCUGUUACAAAUGUUCAUGUAAAAAUAUUUUCUCUCUUAAAUUUCAUCUGAGGUCACUAUAAUGUUUUUCUUAUGCUUGCUUCUACUGUAAUGUCAGUAUUGCUCAUGAAAAUACAGUUGCCAUUUUACUCAGUAGAUAAAUUAGUCAAUGUUAAUUUAAUUAAUGUUUAUUUAAUUAUGUUUACUACUUUGAUAUGUUAUCAUAUGUGAGAGUUGCUUAUUUUUCUUUUUGCAUUCAUGCAACACACAUGGUGCAUGCAUCAGUCCUAGCCUGUUAAUUUAUACAUAUUAUUUCUGAGUGUUCAGUUUUGUAGAGGGAACAUUGUUAAUGUUCGUUAUGACUUCACGUAACUGCAUUUGUAUUAUUUACUGUAUUAUGUGUGUGAUGUAUCAGAGUUGGCAUGAAUCUGUAACAAUUCCAGUUAAAUGUAUUCAAUUCAUCAAAAAGCACAGCUACUCUGAGCUUACUACAGAGUAAGUGGUGAUAUAAAUGAAAAAAUUGCAUAAAUGUUGUUCUGAAGGGUAAAUGAAGAAAAGCUGGUUUAAUUGAUUUCUCUCUCCAAUAGAGGUAAUCCUAGCUUGGUAUUAGUAUGUUCUCAAAAUCCUAAUAUAAGCAGAGAUUUUUGAAACACUGUGUUUUGACAGUAUGUCAAUCCUUCAUGAUUCUCUACUUGUAAUCAAACUCUGGAAUGAUGAUGCCAGCUAGGGGCUGUCCAUAAAAACUGUAUUUAAA